UGACAUCUGUCGAAAUUUUGCUAAUCUAAUCCAACUUCACUCACUUGACUUGUCAAAAUAAUAUUGUGUUGUGGUAACACUGUCUCUUUUGAUUUUCCGCUUUCAGCAAAAUGGGUAUUGACAUUUGUCAUAAAUACGAUCGGAAAGUACGUCGUACAGAGCCCAAAUCUCAAGAUGUUUAUUUGCGACUCUUGGUGAAGCUCUACCGCUUCUUGUACAGACGUACAUACAAAAAGUUUAACAAAAUUGUGCUUAAACGUUUGUUUAUGAGCCGGAUCAAUCGUCCGCCAAUCUCGCUACAACGAGUUGCUCGUUUCAUGAAGGAUCGUGGUUCUCCAGAAACAAUCGCUGUUGUUGUCGGCACCAUUACGGACGAUGCACGUUUGUUGGACGUACCAAAGUUGAAGGUAUGCGCACUACGUGUUACCGAAAAGGCUCGUGCCAACAUUUUGUCCCAUGGCGGUGAAAUUUUGACUUUCGAUCAAUUGGCAACGCGUUCACCAACUGGCAAGGGAACUCUAUUGAUCCAAGGUAAACGUACGGCCCGUACAGCUAAUAAGCACUUCGGCAAAGCACCUGGUGUGCCACAUUCACACACCAGACCAUAUGUACGCUCCAAGGGACGUAAAUUUGAACGGGCUAGAGGUCGCAGACGUAGCUGUGGUUACAAGAAGUAAACAAUUUUUGUGAAAUUUAUGUUCUUACGGAAAUAUAAAUCAACAAUUGGAACUUGACAAA